AAAAGGACAAAUGGUAACAAGUAUUGGCAAGAAUGUGGAGAAACUGGAACCCUCAUCCACAGCUGGUAGGAAUAUAAAAUGGCACAGUUGCUUUGGAAAACAAUCUGGCAGUUCCUCAAGAUUACAGUAGUCCCCCCACUUGUUCACAGUUUUGCUUCCCACAGUUUCACUUAUCUAUGGUCAGCUGCAGUCCAGAAACAGAUGACCCUCCUGACAAAGCAUCAGAAGGUCAACAGUAGCCUAAUGUUACAUCACAAUGCUUAUGUCAUUCACCUCACUUCAUCUUACCACAUAGGCAUUUAUCAUCUCUCAUCAUCGCAAGAAGAAAGGCAUUCGCUAGAAGUCUUGGAACAUAUCCAUGUCGCAUGGAAAGGGAGGACUACUGCAACCAUGGAGUUACUAUAUGACCCAGCAAUUCUACUCCUAGGUAUACAUCGAAGCACUUUGAAUAUACCAUGCCACUCCCUUUUGGCCUGCAAAGUUUCUCCUGAAAAAUCAGCUGACAGUUUCACAGUGGUUCCCUCACAGUUCUGUGUUCAUCCAUUCUCCCAAGUUUGGCCAAUAAAAUGGGAGAAGCCAGAUAUGCCACUUCCAAGCAGAAGCUUCAAGAGCCAUUGUAUGAUUCCAAUACAUUCUUCAUUUUCUUUUACCAUGAGACUGGCAAUGUCCCAGGUAGAGGCUGCUCUCUCAGCAUGGGUUCCAGAAUGAAGACAACAUCAAACUGAGUUACAGCUGACCAAUACAAGAUGAGUUAAAAGACCAGGAAACAAACUUUGUUGUUUUAAGCUUCCGAGAUUUGGGGAUUAUUUUGUUAUGGCAGCAUAGCCUCAGUUAAUGAAAAUGAUGACUAUUUUACAAUUA